ACCCCACACACAUACACACACCGCAAGACUAAAACAAACCCUUCGCACUACAGUCAAGUGAAGCGGAAAUGAAUUAGUCGCAUGUGAAAGAGUAAACACAAGAGACACGAUCAAUUACAGCAAAUCAGGAUCACGUGAGCAGACAGACAGAAAACAACACAUAUGGAUGAAGACAGAUAUCCUCAUGACAGAGCUUUUAACAGUCGUGUCACAACAGAAGACAAUAUGCACAUUCCUCCUCGUCCCCCUCGAAGUGUCCUGCCAGGAUGUAAAGCCCCCGCCAUCAACAGAGACCUGAAACCUGGCAGAUUGCCCAAGAGUUACUCAGAUGGGAAAUUAGAGUUUGUGGGAUCUCCUGACAGGCAUUUCACAUCUCCACAGAGGCCAGUGAGAUCUUUACCCAGAGAUAAGUUGAGUUUACCACCUUUACCAGGACAAACCAGCACUGACCAGUUAAACCAGAUCAACCAGUUUAAUGUGUCUCCUCCAUCCAGACCAGCACCAGUUUCCCCACAAACCAGAACCAACAAAAGCAACACACACACUUGGCCAGAGUCAUGUCCGAUCGGAAGGGAGAAUUUCAUGUCCUCUCAAUGUCCUCCUCAGGUUAGAAACAGACAAUCCUCCACAAGUCAGUCGUCUCAGAGGUUUUCUCUGGAUUUCGACUCUCCGGAUCUGGACAGUGAGUGUGAGAGAGAACGCAGCUCGUCUGAUACACAUUUAAAGAUUCAGCAGCAUCAUGAGUGGCCACAAGCUAAAGGAGACACAAACCAAAGCAGUUACACCAAUCACAGUAAACCUGCACAGGGGUUGGCAGAGCAGAACUGGUAUGUUGGCACAGUUAGUCGUGUGGAAGCAGAACAUGCGCUUCACCUGGUCAAUCAGGAAGGAGCAUUUCUGGUGCGCGACUGUUCCAAGAACACUACCCAUGAGCCCUUCGUCCUCGCUCUGUUCUACGACAAAAGAGUUUUCAACAUUCAGAUCCGUUUCAGCGACGAGACGAGUAAAUACACCUUGGGAACUGGACUCCGAACCAACGACAGGUUUGAUUCAGUGACUGACAUCAUCAAGUUCCAUUCCAUAUUUCCCAUCAUCCUCAUCGACGGACGCAAAACAUCAACAGCAGCAGCCACUGAAAGGAAACAGUGUGUUCUCAUGUACCCCAUCUCAAAGCAGGACAUUAUAGAGCUGUUGAAUUAA